AUGCUCAACUUCGGCGUGCUGGAAGUCGCAAAUUCCACGGUGCCCGCCGCGCCGGGCUGGGCAUAUGUCCCAGAUGUCGGAGCCAACGCCUCCAUGUCAGCCUUGCAGCCUUCUCGUAGUAAACGCAUGCGCGCCCAAAUCGCCGCCAGCCCGCACGAGACGACGGCGAAGCAAGAUGCCAAGAUCCUCCGCGAGCUGACUGCUCUGGACCGCGAGAACCACCGCGAUGUAUCGAUUCCCGUGCCUGUGCGGCAUCGUGAUAAUGCGGGGCGAGUGAGCCAUGGCAAAGUCACGCCUGCAGUCCGCAAGAUCCUACAAUCACAGAAGACGUUCGCCAACCACCUCGCUGACUAUGAAGCGCUUUCGGUGAUCAACUCCUCUCUCCCUCCCUCCAACCAACCCGUCGUCCCAUCCCCAGCAACCCCCUCGACGCCCCAUCCUCCCAGCACUUCAAAACGCACUCACAGAAAGAAAGACGCUGGUGCCGGCCCAGCUCCCACACCUCUCAGGAGAGUCUCAGCCGCCUCGGAAGCAGCGACGCCCGCCCCCAUAAAAUCCGAGAUUAGCCACGACACGCCCAUGAAGGAUGCACCUAUCCUCUCCCUGAACAGCACCGCUGAGCCGCCACCGCAUCCAGAAGACAACAACCCGCUCCUGGUGUCUUGGAUCCCGCAGCUGCCGACCCAGGAAGAGAUGGAGAAGCUGCUGGCCGCGCCGCCGUUGAGUUAUAAUGAUGCGAGGGGCCCCUGGAUCCCUGAUGAUAUGAGGAAGCCGGUUAGGCAUUUCUGUGAUGUCUGUGGUUAUUGGGGCAGGGUUAGGUGUAUGAGGUGUGGAGGACGGGUCUGUGCUUUGGAGUGUUUGGGCGUGCAUCAGGAGGAGUGCUUUACGAGGUAUGGCGCUUGA